AUGGCCGCCCGUUCUAGUUUCCCGGACUUAUCGUCAGGCUGCCAGUGCGCCCAGCUGUGUACAUGCAAGGCAGAGAAACAGCGACCGAGAUUUUUGAAUCUAGCCAAAAGAUCGUUCACCAAUAUUCGUCUACGCUCACCCAAAUCCCCGUCAGAAUCGAUGUAUUGUCCGACGACACCACCAGAUGAAUGCAAAACAUUUACACCAAUUGUACCCGCGAUGCCUAGUUCUGCUGGGCCAUCUACACCAAAACUGGAGAGCCCCAUUGUCCAGUCGCCGACUCCAAAAACUCCAAUUGUGACGAGGAAGCCUGUCCCGAGUGUUAUCGUUCCACAAACAAAACCUUUUGCGUUCUUGGACACACCCGAACAAACUCCGAUAGCGCCAGCUCGAAGAGAUGUGUCGCCUGCUAGGAAUGUGGAAGGGUUUGGUCUACCAGCAUCGAAACCGAUAAAGGGACGCUCAUUCUCACUCGUGCCAGAGAACACACCUUUCUCACCCAUAGUUGUUCGAAGCCGAGGCCAAUCGAUGGAUCAAACAGGCGACCGCAUUUUCAUUCCUAAAAGGAAGCCGGUUCCUAUUAGAAUUAUCAAACCGGACACGAAUUCUUCAAAUGACGAUCUAGAAGAAACAAUCGAACAAACAAUAGCGUGGUUGGAGAAAGAGCAAUAUGAUGAUGAUCGAAAUGAUAAGCGUUCGCCGUCGCCCGUUUCGCCCCUCUCAGAUGUUGCAGACGAUGUUCCAAAAUCUUCAGAAUAUACGCCGCUCCCUCUGCGCCCUAGCGGAUCUCACCCUGGAAUUUCUGGAUUUCCAUCGUUCUCGUCCGGGUCAACCAUUUCGUCGUCACCAUCUUUCACCUCAAACUCCACAUCCACAUCUGUUGAAUCUCGAUCUAAAACACCACCUCCCACUUCAUUACAUACACAAUCACAUAUUCCUCGGAUAUCGCGCAAACCAGUUGCUAGUCCUUCUUCAUCCACAAUAACCAUUCCCAGGAAAGCCGUCCCUAGACGAAGAAGAACUUCGAUAAGCAUACAAUCUUUACCCAAUGAGAUUGUUCUAAAAAUCCUUUCCCAUCUGCCAUCACUAGAGUCUCUUAUGUCAGCAAGAUUGCUCAGCACCCGUUUUAACGAUCUUAUCUCCGCAAAUACGAUGCCUCUCAUUGGCGCUAUCAACCCUAGCGCUUAUAGCCUCGUUCAAAUAUUAUUUCCCAAUGAUAAAAAUUUUGAAUCAUUUAGGUCUGCCUACAAUAGUUGUCUAGGUGUGAUCGAUGGCCUAAUAUCCCGUAUCAGAAGGCGAUGCCCAGGACUUCUACGGCGAGAAAUGUUAGAUGCCCUAAACCGAGAGGAAGUCCAUAGUAUGAGGAUGGCGCUCUGGAAUAUAUGGUGUUUCUCCUUGAUCUUCAGCGCCGGGUUUAUCGACACCGAAGACUGUGUCAGAGACCACAGAAAGUGGCUGGCAAGGUUCGGGAGGAAGGACUUGUUUGCGAUGAUUGAGAUGUGUGGAUUGAUCGGGGUGCUGUUGCGACCGCUGUUGGAAAUCGCCUAUUCUGUUGAGUUAACGGAUAAGUUCCGGCGGGAUGUCUAUUUCGACGAUCAGCCCUUGGACAUCAAGGAACGAUAUGAACUGAUUGAGAACCUACUUGCGUUCCUGCGGACCGUUGGCCUCGAUCAUAUCUACGAACUCUCAUCUAUUUUUGGCAGCAGUGAGACAGCAGCCUCCCCACGAAUCACCAGGAAUAUUGCCUGCGACUAUAUUAUUGAAAACAUGUUGAUUGAAACAUGGGAGAGAGAAAUUGGAAAGGAAUACGCGAACUUUAUGAUCAAACCGAUGAAAGAAUUACAUUUACAUCUUGAAAAGGAGGCUCGAAAGAGUGAUAUUGACGGAAGAAAAGCCAGAGGGGAGAUGGGGUGGGGGCCUAGUACACCGGGGAACGACGACGAAGAGCUCAUGGCCGAGUAG